GGCUAUGUUCAGACGAGGCCAGGGAACAGAUACUGAACACUAAAGUGGACCUGCAUUUGCUGCAGAUGAUCUAUGGACGCAUUUUUGACGGGACCAUUCAUCGGAAAGGCAUAGAUAUCCUUGCGGACAUAUUCAAAAAUGAUGACCUGCGAUCCAUGAUGUUAGACCCAAAUAAUCGACCGUCUUUCGAUAACGGUUCCUGGAAUUUCGGCUGCAAGGAUGCACCCCAUCAGCGACUCAAGAAAGCGGCAAAGUACGUCCUGGAGAAGACAUUCCGCAGACAAGUCAAAAACGCAAUGGAUGAUUCCGAUGGCCCUAGAUACCCAACAAACGUCAUUGGGAUUUUGCGCAAGAUGAUCGAAGCACAUCCGCUCGACUCAGUUCAGAAUAGCGCUAUCAAUUACCUGCGCAUUAUUGCUGAUCACGAGGACGCACGCCAGGCGAUGGUUGGCGCCGAAAUCAUAGGACCUCUUUUGUGGUGCCUUAAAGCCACGGAUGUGGACAUCGAUGCUCUCAAUGAUGUUUUAAGAAAGAUUGCGCGUGACGAAUCGUUGCGUCAUGAAAUCACAAGGGAUGACCAGAUACUGGUUGAAAUGCUCAGUAGUCAUUAUCCUGGCGAGGUUCUCCGCAUAACUGCCGCAUUGGAAUCUUUAUCGUCUUAUGGAGAGAUACGCCGGAAAGUUCGGGAGAUGGAUGAGUACCAACACCUGAAGAGGGACGUAUUGCACUACUUAGAUCCGCAUCACCACCCCCACGAACAUGAUCAGUAUACCAUUGCAUCCCAGGCCAUCACAUCGAUCAUCGGGAUACUUGACAGAUAUGAUAGAACAACGGAUCCUCUCUCCUACUUGGAUCCGUAUGAGUACCCCGACGAAAUUGAUCGGUAUAUGAUUUGAUACAGUCGCAGGGCAGGUAAUCAACGUCUUGACGAUCGCGAAGAAUAUGUAUAGGAAGACGAUAUCACUACCAGGAUGUAGUAACAACACCCCUCUACUUCAGUGUAUUAGGUUACAUUUUAUUUAGCCAACUUAUCCCGAACAGCGUGAGAUGCACUGUAGUUGACAGUCAUCAACGGUCAAGCAAUUGCCUGAAUGAAUCCUUGAGGGCCUAUACAUAAAAUAAAAUGCGCAAGAGGCUGCGGGAAGACUUCGUCAAUGGACAGCCUACACUCUUAACUGUUUCUCUUCCUCAGUCGCAGCGACAACCCUUGCGACAACU